UUGUUUUUCAAAAUUUUUUGAAUUUAUGCUAGUAAUAAAUAAUACUCUGAGGCAUAUGAAAAUGCAGCUAAAUUCAAGGUGACGUAGAGGCAAUGGAUACUGUGAAGAACGUCAAAAGCCGGCAAGUCAAUGUAUCGAUAGACGAUGAAAUCUCAUGUCAGGAUCAGGAGGACAACAGCAGGCUCGAUCGAUCCGACCGAUCGGCAGUUGCUGAAAGUGAGCAUGAUCAUCAUCCCGGCAAGCUGAUAAGCUCGGAUUUCUCCGUGACAUCACGGAAGAUGGAUCCUUACAAAGAACUUGAGCUUUACCUCGCCAAAGUCAUAGAGGAAAUAGAUAAUAUUAUAGUGCCUUCACUUCCAGGCGAAUCGGUAGAGGCAUCUGGAGAAAGUAAGUUGACGAGUAAGAAAUUUGAAACAAAGUGUCCACCGGACAAAUCGAUUGUGACCAAUCAACUGUCACCAACUAAUAAGACAUUGUCUGUCUAUGUAAAGUCAUUGAAUGCUCGUUCGAAAGUUAAUGUUGUUGAAACUCCAGUGAUUCAAUACCGAGACUUGUUGAGUGAAUUUGGAAUUUCUGAUGAUGAUAGUGUUGAUGAAGAAUCGAAGAAUUUUAGCAAAGUAGAAGCAAAUAAUAACUGGAAUUUAAAAGAUGAGAUAUCGCUACCUGUGAAUAAUGAUAAUAUUGAUAAUAAUAAUAAACAAGGCUGUCUGAACUCAGAUUAUGAUGAGCCCAAAGAUAUGAUUCCAACAUGUUUAAGGUUAAAUAGAAAAAGUGGUAGUGAGCCAGGUAUACCAGAUGGAAGAAUGAUAAGAAAAGAGAACCAAACAAUAAGAUUUAAUUAUGAUGAAAUUAAUGAUGGAAUAUGGGAUGAUGAAAAAUGUAAUAGUUCUAGUCUACCGGCAAACCUCGAGUUUGUAAAAAUACAAGAGACUUCGAGGUGUUGCGAGAUUGUUCAGGUAAAACCAAAGAAAAUAUUAGAUAUAAGUUUCAAGUCGUUAAGAAGAAGAGGGUCGACUAAUGAGAAUGAAGGAAAUAGUCCAAAAAUGCCACCUAAACAUAGUGAAUCUCGACAUCGAAAAAACACCGUAACUCCAGUGAGUUUGAUUAAAUGUAAAUUACCAACAGGUACACUCCAGAGAGCCUUUAAAGUACCUGAAAAACAUUCACAAGAUCACAAUAAUGUUCUGAUUGAAAGUGAUGAUAAUUUAAUGUUAAAAUUCAAGUCACCGAAUGAAAAUUUUCACAAGUCUGUGCCAGUUUCUUCAUCAGAAGAUAAAAGUCUUCCUCCUUUCUCCAAAAUUCUCCGAAAAAAACAUUCUUUCGUCAAUAAAAAUAAUGUCAAUGAUGCAAUUCUCGUCAGGGUAUCAUCAUUGCCAGAUCAAGAUCUUCUGGACAUCUCCAAAGACCGACUGAAUGGAAAGACUCAUAAUUUUAGCGACAAUUUAUUUUCUAAGAAAAAGAGGGCAAUUUCUCCCUUUACUUUGCGAUCUGAUAUCAUCGCCAAAAGACUGUCAGAGUCAGAUAAAGAUAUUAAUCAAAUAAGUCCUGUUAAACUAAACGCGGUAUUUUUUCCUGUAAUGAAAGACGAUGAAGUUAAUUCACAGAACGACAGAAACAUUUCGGAUAUCAGUACUGAAAGCGACAGAUCGGAGGAUGUUAAAGGGGACUAUAUUGGAGCAUUUGAUUGUGUAGAUACGGACUCUCGUACGUCUCCAGUAAUUUCUCGUAGUUCAAAUUCUCUCUGGGUCAAUGAUUGUGAAUCAUUAAGAGAAGUAUCACAGUUAGAUAGUGAGUCUUUACACGACGAAGUUACGCUCGAUCCAGCAUCACCACACGACACCGUUGAUGAAGACAACAGAUCAUCCUCCUCAUCGCAGGAUCUUGUUCAAAGCAUGGAUGAAAUAUCUUCUGGUAGUAUCUCGCCGGAUACAAUAGACCGAGCUUCACCUUUAGAAAGUGGAAUUGGUACAGCAAGUCCUCCACGAAGUACAGAUCGACAAUCUGCAAAACCGUCAAUCAGUAACAAACAUCAUCGCAAAGAGACGUGGGAAAAGUUACGAAAACGAAGUUUCAAAUCAAACAACACACGUUCAGUAAAAGGAUCAACGGAUGUGUGGGUUCGGAGAGAAAGUAUUCAUGUCCAAACGCCUAGAUGUGAUAAUGGAGGCUCUCAAGAAGCUGUCGAUAGUAGUAGUGGAAUUGAUGAUACAUUGCCUAGAAAAAAGUCACCACGACCAUCACACCUUCCUUUAGGUCUAGCGAUGACAGGCAGUAGUUCCCUAAGUUCAGCAGAAAUGCUUGAGUCGCAAAUCCCAUCGUCACCGUCCACUGCCAGUCUUCAGCUCAACUAUGAGCCACUUACGAUGGAAUUAAGUGAAAAAAGUAAUAGUGCACCAUUCCUUGAAAAUAAUAAUGUGGAAAAAACCACAGAAAUCAAUGAGACUGUCCAGUUGCCAUGUUCUCAAUCUAACAAUCGACUUUCUGAAAUCGAGGCUCAGGAGGCAUGUAAAUGGCUACGAGCAGCUGGCUUUCCACAAUAUGCACAAAUGUAUGAAG